AUGACCGCCGAACCUGGUAUAACGGCUGCAUACGCCCUCUAUCACGCCGGAAUCGACUUUGUUGUUCUUGAGCGGAGAAAAAAUGUGGUCGAGGAUCUAGGAGCAAGUUUAGUCCUGAGUCCCGCGAGCUUGCGCAUAUUUCAUCAGUUUGGUAUCCUCGACCAGCUGUUGGAAAUUGGGGGGAAGGUAAAGGAGAACAAGGCCUUUACGGCUCUGUACGACAACCUCCCCGAGACCGCAAAGGCGCGCUACUUUACAGGAAAGAAGCUCGCCAGCAUUACACCCACAGAGUCCGGUGUAGUGGUAGCCUGCGAUGAUGGCUCGUCCUACUCAGGCUCCAUUGUCAUUGGUGCCGAUGGCGUGCACUCAAUGACUCGGCGGGAAAUGCGCCGACUUGCGAUCGAAGAAGAUCCGUCCCGCGAGACAACCUGGGACCCAAUCAAGCCCUACAAGACUAAUUAUCGUUGCGUUUGGACCUCAUUCCCCCGUCCAACCGAGUGCGGGCAGAGCUACGAGACGCAUAGUAAGGAUAAAUCCAUCAUGUACAUCACCGGCAAAGAGCGUGGGUGGAUUUUUCUCUAUAAGAAGCUGCCUGAGCCGACUACCGAGCGAAUUGCCUUGACCGGUAACGAAGUCGAGGAAUUUGCCGGGGAAUUCCUGGACUGGCCCAUCACGGAGACGUUGAAAGUCAAGGACGUUUGGGAGGAGCGUUACAACGCUGGCGGUGCGGGUCUUGAGGAGGGUAUCUGUGGCAAUUGGAGCUGGAACGGUAGGAUUGUCCUUGUUGCCGAUGCAGCGCAUAAGUUCACACCUAACGCGGGUCUCGGCUUCAAUAAUGGUAUUCGAGACGUCGCGACUCUUUGCAAUAAGCUGCGCAAGUUCGUCUUGUCGUCUAAUGGAGAGUCGCUAGACUUCACGGCAUUGGAAAGUCGACUGAAGGAGUACCGGCAUGAGAGACAGGAGGCGCUGGUGUCAGACAUGGAGCACUCUGCUCUGGUGACCAGAAUGCACGCGUGGUCUUCGACUUUGAACUGGAUCGUGGCGAGGUACGUCUUGUCGUGGAGCUUUGUGCAAAAGCUGUUCAUCACAUAUGUCUUGUCGCCAAAGAUUCAAAAGUCGGAAGCAAUUGACUUCCUACCAACGUCGGAGCCGUUUGAGGGUACCUUUAAGUGGCUGUAUCCGCUUUCGAAAACCGUUACGACCGGUCCAUCUGCAUAG